AUAGGUCAAGAAAUUAGGAGGUUGAAUAAAAUAUAAAGAGGGAAGAAAAGAAAGAAACCUCGUUAUCCAUUAGAUUCACACACCCUAGUAGUACGCGCUCCAAAUAGUGCUAGAGAACAGAAGAGAAGAAGAGGAAGAAGCAAAUUGAAUUGGGAAGUGAAAAGAAAUGCAACAAGGGAAACAGGGAGUUAUGGUGAUACCUCAGCAGAACCAAAACCCAAUAGAGCAGUUGCAGGCUCGGUUCAAGGAGCUAGAGAGUGGGUUCAAGGGUUGGUUGGCCAAGCAGUCUUUGCCUGUGGAGGCAGCCGUCGUCACACUCACAAGCGGCGCACAGGGUGCUGCCAUCGGUGCCUUCAUGGGUACUCUCACCAACGACGUUUCUUCCUCUCUUCCCACCCCUCCUCCUCAGGCCAGCCUCAACCCUCAAGCCAUGGCCUCUUUCAAGCAAGCUCAGGCCCUUGCUGGGGGUCCCUUGGUACAAGCUCGCAACUUUGCUGUUAUGACUGGUGUCAAUGCUGGCAUAUCCUGUGUCAUGAAAAGAUUGAGAGGCAAGGAGGAUGUUCAAUCUAGCAUGGUGGCUGCUUUUGGUUCGGGAGCCCUGUUUUCACUGGUGAGUGGCAUGGGCGGCCCCAAUCAAGCAGCAAAUGCAGCCACUUCUGGACUUUUCUUCGCACUAGUUCAAGGUGGACUUUUCAAGUUGGGGCAAAAAUUUUCUCAACCACCAACUGAAGAUAUUUAUUACUCUAAAACAAGGAGCAUGUUGAGUAACCUUGGCCUCCAGAAUUAUGAGAAGAAUUUCAAGAAAGGGUUAUUAUCAGACAAUACUUUGCCUCUGCUCAACGACAGUGCACUGAGAGACGUGAAAAUACCUCCUGGACCAAGGCUUCUCAUUCUUGAUCACAUUCAGAGGGACCCGGAGAUAAAAGAGAGGCGAGGAUUUAGUAGUUGAAGUGAACUGCCUAUUGUCGAUUCAGUCUGCUUGGCCUUCCUGAAGAACCCCUUCUUUCUCCAGUUAAAACCUCAGUAGACUCUUAAGGGAGAUAUGUUUUCAG